UUUCAUAAAAGGAAGAAGUGCCAAGCAGGAAGAAAGGAGUGACUUAAAUCACACUUGCACAGUGUCAAGAAAGACUAGAUUACCCAAAGGAGAGGACUUUUUGGAUACUAUUUACAUUACUGUAGACAACCUGGUUGCCUCCAGCUCCUGGCGGCCACAGCUCAGAACUUUGGAGUUAAUGAAAUACAACAGCCUCAGCCUCUUCAGCUGCUAAGAUUUCAGGCACUCACCUACAUGCCUGGCUAAUUUCUAUAUUCUUGAGGUCAAGGGACCUUAACUUGUAUUUCUUCCUAUGAUGCCUAUCCAGUCCAAUUGAACAAGCAUUUCUUAGGCAUCUCCUUGCAAAAGUAGCAUUUUUUUUAAAUGACAGAUGUGUUCUUGCGACUUGCAAAAGAGGAUUUGAGUCAAGAGCUGAGGAGGACAGAUCCACGUGUUGUUGGGAUGGCCCUUUUGUUUAACUCCCAGAGAAAACUGGGAGGGGCAACAUGUGGAUAGUGGAUAACAGCCUCAAGACAAACAGCACACCAGCAUUUUUCUGUGCAGUUAGAGUCAGCCCAAGAACCUAGGGCACAAUCUGGAACAAAAAAAAAAAAAAGAGAGAGAGAAACCAUGGAAUCAUUAACAGAAGAAGCUGUGAAGUAUUAUCUUAUGAAUAAGGUGGGUCCGAGACAACGUCUACUCUCCAAGAUUGUGGAAGAGGUUCAGGAGAUCAUCUAUAGGUUGACCAAAGAAAUCAGCUACAGAGACAUUAGAUUCCAACCCGUUUCUAAAUCAUGCUAUCACAACGAAAACAUAAAGGUUUUGGCACCCACCCAGUUUGUCAUCACAGUCCCAAUAAAAGGACUACUUGGCUAUAGAAAGAGCCAGACCCGAAGAUGGAGGUAUUAUUCCAUGAGUGGCUCUAAGCUCUUCUCUCCUAUUCGGGAUCCUGAAGAAAUGUACCAGUGGCUGGAGAUAAAUCAGUUUUUGAAGACUCUGCGGCAGUGGCAUGAAAAGGAUGUGACAGUGGAUGGAGACAUCAUGCCAGCUAAGGUCAUUGAAGUGUUUCUGAAGCUGGUGGAAGACUCAGUUAAGGCCUGCAACCUCUCUAAUGAAGUCAGCAUAUUAGAAAAUUUUGGCUCUAUUAUUCGACUGAUUGUGGAGACAUCAGAAUUUCAGGUGGAGAUAGAGCUGAUUCCAGUAAUAGAGGUCCUCAACCGUUGGUGCGACAAAGCUCAGUGGCCUCGAUGUUUCUCACGCUGGCCUUCUCGGGAGAAAAUACACUGUGUUAAGUCAUUCGGGUUUAACCUGAUGGCUCGUUCUAGUUACCACUGGAAACUGGGCUUCGACCGAGCUGAGUAUAUGCUCAUGGAGGGGAUAGAUGAUGAUGGUGGUUGCCGAAAGAUAUGUUAUCAGGUCCUGAGACAGAUGAAAGAGGAUGUUUGGUGUCCCGGAAACAAACCUGUCAUCACAACCCAGCAUCUUCAGACUAUACUGUUUUGGACUUGUGAAAAGUACCCACGUUCCAAAGACUGGUGUGUCUUCCGAAAAGCCUUCUUGCGUCUGGUCCGUAAACUAUACAAGUGUGUGAACCAGCACUUCCUGAAACAUUUUUUCAUCAAAGAGACCAACAUGUUUCAGUAUUCCAGCAAAACUGAGCUGGAUGCCGUGGCCCAAAAGCUUGUCCUUUUCCUAAAGAACCCAAUGCUCCACCAAGACUGAGAGCUGGAAAUGGUCUCCAAGGCUUCCAGGGGCAUCCCCCUGGGUCUUGCCUGACUUCUCCUUUGAUGACCACCAUGCUAGUGGAAUUUGGGACUCUGACCACCUGCCAUGGUUCUGACAAGACAAAGGAGACAUGAACCAAGAGCAUUUCAAACUAUGUCCUACAAUGCCCCACCCAUACCCUAUGUGGUUGGGGUUAAUUAUUUCCCUUCCGAACUACCUCACUUGGGAGCUGAGCCUGUCUGAGCCACAGAUUGUGAACUGUUGAUAGUUUCAUGUUUAUUUGCCUCUGAUCAGACUCCUUACUGUCUUAUUAGAGAGGAGAGAGGAGACUGGAGCUCCUAGUACUGGAAAUGGUCACAAUGAUCUGAUGUACUCCCACAUAACUGACCAGAGAUAUACUGAUUUUUUUUUCCAUUUGUAAAAUGGGAGUAUCAAUGCCUGCUUGACCAAGAUAUUGUGAGGCUACUGUGAUGCCCUUUCAGGAGAAAGGCACUUGAUCAACACAAAGUGUUAUUAGGAGUGACAUCUGCAUCUAGGAUGGAGAGCUAACUUAUAUCACUGAUUAAAAGAAUAGGUUUAAGA